AUGAACCAAAGGCAAUCGCACCAACAAGGUAGGAGCCUCAGUGCCUCGGCAGCGCAAGUUCGCCUUCCCACGCCGGACUCAGGCAGAGUGGGCGCUUCGAGCAUCGCACCACGCCAGGUCCAAGGAUGCACGGGUUACCGGUAUCUGAACCUGACGAAGGUAACUACCUUCAUAGUACAAGCCUCUGGGAUACUAGUGGCCGACGUCAGGCAGCAAGGCCAUCACCUCUGUCUCGCAAUUAGUUUUUCCAAACAUCGUCCUCCACCAAACUGUGGCCGGAUAAUGCCAAUCCAGAGUCGCUAA